AUGUCCGUGGAGUCGCCUAGUCGAAUUGGUUCUAACGCCUUCGAGCGUCUCAUCGAUCGGACGCUCUUUGCUGGCUUGGGCCUGGACGUGGCAGACGUCAGCGCGCAGGAGGUCAGCAGCUCCUGGAGCCUUCUUGAGGGCUUGCUGCGGCAAAACGCUCAAGCGCGAAGCUACGCGCAGAAGCUCCUGUUGAAAAAGGCUCGCGAGCAGAGCGUGACCAGGGAUCCUGUCUUCGUGGAACGGCUUCAGGCUUUGCUGGAGCUCUGGCCGCAGGGCGAGCGGCAACGAUUGUCGGACACGCUGUUUGGCACGCCGGGCAAUCGAGCAGCUCGACCUGUGUCGGCACUGUCCGCAUCGAUGGCCUCUUUGGGAGGCGGCGAAGCCUUCGGCGAACUUAGCCCUGCGCCACGCCGCAAUCCCAACCCGCAAGGCUUGUCGACACCACCCAGGCCCAACUAUGGGGACACCCCCGACUGGGGCGGCCCUUUCUCUGAGUCGCCGGCACUGCCAUCGCACCAGCCGAGACGUGAGGUCAGACCACAGUCGCUGGACCACGCCUACGGUCUGCAGGACAGUGCAGUGACGGUUCAGAUGAGAGGCUCCUCGAACCAGGCUCCGGCUAUGGGUGACAGUACUGCCACGGUCCCUUCGAAGGGGCAGGCCAAAGUGUACAGCUCCCUGGAUGCCUGGCGGGGGCCUGGCGGGCCCAACCAUGCGGACUUCACUUCACAGAUGCGACGCGCGCGCUCGCUGCCAGCCCCGGCACUAGUACCGACUGGGCCGGCCCCGGCUCCGGCGAGUCAGUCCGCCUGGGGGCCUCACUUGGUGCUGGAUUUCGGGCCCAGUGGCAGCUCCGAGGACGACAGGGCGCAGACGGCCCGUGCUGCGGCAGCCCGCGCGGCUCUGCCCAAGCCGGCCAAGACCCUUCUGCGGGAGCAGGAAGGGAUCUGGCAGGGCGAGCGUCGCCAAGCAAGUCGGCGAAUCGGGAUACAAGGCGCAUCUUCUGGGAGCAGCGAUGACAAGCCGGGGCGCGCGCGUGCUGCAUCAGCGCCGCGACAACGGCAGCUGCCACCCAACGUGCAGUCGGAGACAGAGGAAGAGCUGACCUUGGAGCCAGAAACUUUGAAAUCGUCCUUGGCUGGCGGCACACGGAAAAAGCACGCGGGCAGCAGGGCAUCAUCCAAGCGAACGGUGGUGAUGUCGGAGGCCCAGGGAGGCGAUGAGAGCUCUGCAGAAGAGAAAGCACGAGCACAGCGGCAAGCGGAGGUGAAAGCUGCAGUGGACGCGGCUACAGCUGCGGCUGCAAAAGAGCUCGAAAUGAUGAAGGUGGCACUAGCAGAUGCCGAGGAGAAGGCAUCUGGAGCCGCGUCGAUGGCUGCUUCGAUGUCGCAGGCGCAGGCAACUGCCGAGGAGGCGCGGCGUACGGCCGAGGCCGCCAUCGAAGCUCGGAAAACUGCCGAGGCGAGGAUGGAGAAGGCGCUGCAUGCGCGGAAAGUUGCUGAGGCCCAAGCACAAUCCUCGGCAGAUGCGCAGCGAGCGGCGGAAGCCGCGGCAAGCGCGGCGGCCCAAGCGGCCGGCGAGGCAAGAGCCAAGGAGGAGGCCUGGGCCAAGGAGGCAGAGUCUAAGGCUGCGCGAGCCUCGACGGCCCGUGCAGAGAUGGCGACAGCUGCAGCGGCGCUUACCGCGCUGACGGAUGCCAACGUGGCCUUGCGCUGGAACCUUCUGGCAUCGCUGGGGCAGCAGAAGGAGUUGUCCUUCCUUCUUCGAUGCCUAGUGACGGCGUCGACGGAAAUGCAGCGUCAG